AUGAGCAAACGCCUUUUGUCCACUGUGCGGAUGUUCACAACAGACUUCAGCAAAAUGUCAGCCCAUACUAUCGCAAGCCUUGAACGCAUAUCGCGUGAGAAGCUGGCUGAAAUGGUACGAGCUGAGGACCCAGAGCUUGCUAUCAUCGACGUGCGAGACAGCGACUAUAUCGGUGGUCACAUUCUCGGCUGCCAGAACGUGCCAACCAACACUCACGAUUACAAGAUGCCCGAGCUGGUUCGCACUCUCAGAGAAAAGGAUACAGUCGUCUUUCACUGUGCACUCUCACAGCAGCGCGGUCCGUCGAGCGCUCUGAAGUAUUUGCGGGAGAAGGAGCGUCUGAGCGACGGGGACAGCUCGUCUCAGCAGAAAGUCUAUGUAUUAGACGGAGGUUUCCAGAAGUGGCAGGAGAAGUAUGGAAAGGACACAAAGCUGACCGAAGGCUAUGUCAAAGACUUAUGGGAAGAAUACUGA